AUGGAUGAAAAGACAAUAAAAAAAUCAAUACUUUCAUCUUCAAAUGAUGAGAAAAUAAUAUAUAAAUCGCGGAUAAAGAAAUUUCAAAAAAAUCACAAGUUUUAUAUUAUUCUGUUGAUUUUCAUUGCCGUCUUGCAAUUCAUAUCAAUAGCAUUUUUCACUCGCGGGUUCUUGCUUUCAAGGCAUGUUCUUGAUAACAUAUCCGCGCUAAAUGAAACAAGUAUCCCUCCCAGGUUCAACAAAGCCGUGGUUCUGGUCGUUGACGCUUUGAGGUUUGAUUUUGUCAUUCCUGUUAACGAAUCCAGUUCAAAUCAUAAUUUGAACUACCACAAUAAUAUACUUUCGUUAUAUGAUUCCUUUGCAAAUGAUGAGGACGCGUCAUCGUUAUUGUUGAAAUUCAUUGCUGACCCACCAACCACCACUUUGCAAAGACUCAAGGGCCUAACAACAGGUUCGUUGCCCACUUUCAUAGACGCCGGAUCCAAUUUUGACGGAACUGUCAUUGAAGAAGAUAAUUUGUUAAAACAGCUUCACUUGGUAAACAAGACCGUCAAGUUCGCUGGAGAUGAUACCUGGAUGGCCCUAUUCCAUCCAUUCUUGUCUAAUGACAGUUUCCCUCUGGAAUCGCUUAAUGUCUGGGAUUUGGACACUGUUGAUAACGGUGUCAUGGAUUACUUCCAUGACCAUUUACAGCAGGACAAAGAAUGGGAUGUAAUGAUCGGACACAUGCUUGGUAUUGAUCAUGUAGGCCACAAGUAUGGCCCGAACCAUUUUACCAUGAAGGAAAAGCAAUUUCAAGUGGACCAAUUCAUCGCUUGGAUACUAAAGUCCAUCGAUGAUGAUACUUUGCUGGUUAUUUUGGGUGAUCAUGGUAUGGAUCAUACAGGCAAUCAUGGCGGCGAUUCCAUUGAUGAGUUGGAAAGUACUUUGUUUCUUUAUUCAAAGAAGCCAAAUAUGUGGAACUUCAAAGACGCUUCGAACUACAACAUUACUAAUUUGGGAUGCGACUACCGCUCAGUGAGACAAAUUGAUUUAGUGUCCAGUUUGUCUUUACUACUUGGUCAACCCAUCCCAUUUAACAAUCUCGGAUGGCCCAUUGACGAAAUUGCAAGAAACGAUGUAGAACGGUCCCAAUUUGUUAGUUCAGCUAUAAAUCAAUUGCAACUUUACAAAGAUACGAUGCAGAUUCAUCAUAGCAGUGACGAAAUAUUGGGGCCAUUAGCAGAAAGUAUAUCAAACAUCAAGCCGACAAGCAAUCCCGAAGAAUUUGUUGAACUGGGUCGUAAGUACCAAAAAGUCUUUUUACAAAUUUGCGAGGAGUUAUGGGCCAAAUUCGAUUAUUAUUCCAUUGCAACUGGUAUAAUCUUACUCACCAUCUCAUUAAUUCUUUUGAUAUCUAUUACAAAACUAAUUCCUUCCAUUGUCCUGAAUCAAAUGGUUCCAGAAUUUGUCCCAGGCAUUAUUAUUAUGGUAUUGGUUGCAAACUUAUGUUUCCACGGGAUCUUCUACGUUUACCAGCAACCAACUUUUGUAGAUCAAUUUUGGGGUACCUUGUUGGCCACUGCUGUCGGUAUCAUUAUUGGUUGUUAUAUAACAAUCUUUGACAGAUAUAACUUUAUUUGGAUUGCCAUGAGGCUCGGAGAAACGUUGGCUGAUUAUUGGUCAAGAAUUGCUGUCAUGUUUAUGAUUGUCCAUGCUUUGCUUUUCACUUCCAAUUCCUUCACUAUUUGGGAAGAUAGAAUUGUGGCCUUCCUUUUAUCCAGUUUUGGUAUGUUAACGUUGUAUGAAUUUGUCUUCUUACCGAAAAGGCAAUCCACUACCGCAUUGUUAACAGCAACAAUCAGUGAAAAGGAGGGGACCACUUCGGGUGUGAAUUCUUCGACGGCAAAUUCAAAUUAUUUACCCCUAACAAGAUUUGCAAGACUAUUAGGCGGUUACCAUUCGGCAGUCUUGAUCAUUUUCACUAGGCUAGCUUCUAUGAUUACCAUUUGUAGAGAGGAACAAGGUGAAUAUUGCAUACCAACAUUCAAUAAUCAAAAUAAUUCCGCGUGGUGGGUUAUGGGUCUCUGCUUCUUGAUGAUUUUUAUAUUACCUGCAUGCAUCACCGGUUAUUACAACCUAACCUCAUCUUAUCAAGCUGCAGCCCCAAUUUGGAUAAACGUUUUCCUGAAGGGUAUCCUUGGUUUAAAUUUUGUUUACUGGUCAUUGACUUCAUUGGAAAAUAACAAUGCGACAAUAGCGAUACCGUUUUUAAACGACGUCAGCAUUUUCAAGUUCACCUUAGCCAGAAUCAUCGCGGGAUUUUCGUUAGUUGCCUCCAAUGUUGGCUGGUUAAUGGGACCACUUUGUAUUAAAUUGAAUGUUCACAAUACUGAUGUCAAAUCACAUGAAGCUACAAUUUUAGGAUACACCAAUAUCUAUGGGUCGGAGUUUUUCCUUCUAGUCAUAAACGUUUUGAUGAGUAUCCUCCUGUUCAAUAAACCUCUGGCUCAAUUAUCAUACUUCCUCAUGUGCAAUCAGCUAUUAUCAAUCUUAGAAAUCAUUGAUCUUUUGAAAUUGAAGGAAAAUAUAAUUGGCCCAAUCGCAUUAGGACUCCUAGCGUAUCAACAUUUCUUUACCACCGGUCACCAAGCUACAAUUCCAUCGGUACAAUGGGAUAUUGGGUUCAUGCUCUCUGAAAAAAUCACCUUCCCGUUCACUCAUAUAGCCAUCAUUCUAAACACCUUUGGGCCUCAUAUUCUCGUCUCUUUAUCCGUAGCGCUAUUAACGCUAUGGUCACAGCCUCCGGACGUUUUGAAACCACAAACGCUUUUGGGAAGAAUCGUUUCGAACUGUGGUAUUUUGCUCAUUUAUAAUACCAUUUUAUGUCUAAGUUCAUUUAUUUGGGUCACCCACUUCCGUAGACAUUUGAUGGUUUGGAAGAUCUUUUGCCCAAGAUUCAUCUUCGCCGCUCUGAGCUUAAUAGUAACUCAACUAGUGGUUACUUUUGGCACCAUUGCAUUUGCUAGUGGGAGAUUGAUUAAGCAUAUCAAUGACAUUUUUUGGAAAUGA